AUGUUGUCCAGUGUUUCCAAGCUGUCAAGGACGAUGGUGCGCGACAGGGUGAAAGUCAUAUUAUCAAGGACCCUACAGACGGGUUCUGCUGCGUCAUCACCAACCAUCCCCAAAGAGCUGCCUCCCAAAGACAUGAGGCCCCUCUAUUUAGAUGCCCAGGCAACAACACCUUUGGACCCACGUGUCCUAGACAAGAUGAUGCCCUACCUGGUCGGCCAGUAUGGAAAUCCCCACUCCAGGACCCACGCCUAUGGCUGGGAGAGUGAGGCAGCGGUGGAACUUGCUCGCAAGCAAGUUGCACAUCUCGUUGGUGCCGACCCCAGGGAGAUCAUCUUCACAAGUGGAGCUACAGAAUCCAACAACAUCAGCAUCAAGGGUGUGGCCAGGUUUUACAAGAGCAAGAAAAAUCACAUCAUCACCACACAGACGGAGCACAAGUGUGUCUUGGAUUCCUGUCGGUCACUGGAGUCUGAGGGCUUUGAUGUGACAUACCUACCUGUGCUGCAUAACGGAAUCAUUGACUUGAAGGAGCUAGAGAGCAGUAUUCGCCCAGAGACAGUUCUUGUUUCUGUCAUGACCGUCAAUAAUGAGAUUGGUGUCCGACAGCCCAUUGAGGAAAUCGGAGCGCUGUGCCAUUCAAAGAAAGUUUUCUUCCACACGGACGCAGCUCAGGCGGUCGGCAAAAUCCCCCUGGAUGUCAACAGCAUGAACAUUGACCUGAUGUCCAUCAGCGGACACAAAAUUUAUGGCCCUAAGGGUGUAGGGGCCCUCUAUGUUCGCAGACGGCCCCGCGUGCGACUAGAAGCUUUACAGAGUGGUGGGGGUCAAGAGCGGGGCAUGAGAAGCGGCACAGUACCCACCCCUUUAGUUGUUGGCAUCGGGUCCGCUUGUGAACUUGCAGAAGAGGAAAUGGCU